UAUCUGGCCGAUAUCUUCUUUUUAUCUACAGUUGCAUUUACAUUUAAAAUACACGUCUUCAGCCUUUUGUCAGACUGCUUGGUCACUGUUGCUAUAUUACCGAAACCAGCUCAAGCCUCCCUGCUCACUGCUGAGCAGUGAUCGUCAAACCUGGGCCUCAGAUUGUCAUUGCUCAUUCCUAAUGGACCUGAUCGCAGCCUGAAAACGUCGCUCACUUUAUCCCAAAACGGACGGGGAUCGAUUUAAAAAAGAACUGCAGUAUUUGGCUUGAGGGGUGUUGUAGGAUCUUGGUCUCGGGCACAAAGUUCUCAAGGCCAUAAUAACGGAGGGAUUAGACUGGUUCAGUAACACAGGGUGUUAUGACUACAUUUACAAACUGCUGUAUUUUUGAAAAUAUGUUUUCAAUAUGGUUAAGCUAGAGAUCCGUAUUCCAGACACCGAGUCUGUUUGAAACCUAGCAACAUGGUCUGUUCACUUGCAGAUGUGCUGAAGUAAGCCGGAGACUCCCAACACUGAACAUUCCCUCGGACCCUUCGUCUGACACUUCAUCGCGGGGACCGGCAUGGCAGGUUUCAAACGCGGGUAUGAUGGGAAGAUCGCUGGAUUGUAUGACCUGGAUAAAACCUUGGGCCGGGGCCACUUUGCAGUUGUCAAGCUGGCCCGGCAUGUGUUCACAGGGGAGAAGGUGGCAGUGAAGGUCAUUGAUAAGACCAAACUGGACUCUGUGGCGACCGGUCACUUGUUCCAGGAGGUGCGCUGCAUGAAGCUGGUGCAGCAUCCCAACAUUGUGAGACUGUACGAGGUCAUCGACACUCAGACCAAGCUCUACCUAAUCCUGGAGCUGGGCGAUGGUGGAGACAUGUUCGACUACAUCAUGAAGCAUGAGGAGGGGCUCAGCGAGCAGCUGGCCAAGAAAUACUUUGCCCAGAUAGUCCACGCCAUCUCCUACUGUCACCGGCUCCACGUGGUGCACAGGGAUCUCAAGCCUGAGAACGUGGUCUUCUUUGAGAAACAGGGGCUGGUCAAGCUCACAGACUUUGGCUUUAGUAACAAGUUCCAGCCUGGCAAGAAGCUGACCACAAGCUGUGGCUCACUGGCUUAUUCAGCACCUGAAAUCCUGCUAGGGGACGAGUAUGAUGCUCCUGCAGUUGAUAUUUGGAGCUUGGGAGUGAUUCUUUUCAUGUUGGUUUGCGGACAGCCACCUUUUCAGGAAGCUAAUGACAGCGAGACUCUCACCAUGAUCAUGGACUGCAAAUACACAGUGCCAACACACGUCUCGCAAGACUGCAAAGAUCUAAUUAACCGGAUGUUGCAGAGAGACCCUAAAAGGAGAGCCUCUUUAGAAGAGAUAGAGAACCAUGCCUGGCUCCAGGGAGUGGACCCUUCUCCAGCAACCAAAUACAACAUCCCCCUGGUCUCCUACAAGAACCUCUCGGAGGAGGAGCACAACGGGAUUAUCCAGCGCAUGGUGCUGGGGGACAUCGCUGACCGUGACACCAUUGUUGAGGCUUUGGAAACCAACAAAUACAAUCACAUCACCGCUACUUACUUUCUACUUGCCGAAAGGAUUCUGAGAGAGAAGCAAGAGAAAGAAAUCCAGAACCGCUCUGCCAGCCCUAGCAAUAUCAAAGCGCAGUUCAGGCAAUCUUGGCCAACAAAGAUCGACAUGCACCAAGAUCUUGAGGACAGCCUUGCAGCUUCUUCCAUCUCUCACUCAAGUAUCCCACAGUCGCCAGCCCGCAGUGCUGAGAAUCUGCUCAACGGGCACCGUAGCAAAACACUGCUGGAACUGGGGAGACGGGAAGAGGUGGCACAGUCCUCGGUCUCCGCAGGCACCUCCUCGAUACUCUCCUCCCUAACCACCACCACCUCCCUGAAAAGCGCUGCUGCCGCCGCGGCCACCAGCCAAAGCCGCACAUGUCUCUUUCGGGUGGAGGAGGAUGAGGAAGAGGAUGAGGAAGAGCAACACCUGGCCCAGCUCCCCACCCAGGUGGUCCUACGGCGCAAGCCCUCCAUCACCAACCGGCUGACGUCCCGCAAAAGUGCGCCGGUCCUUAACCAGAUCUUUGAAGAGGAGGGUGAGUCUGAUGAUGACUUCGAUAUGGACGAAAGCCUGCCGCCCAAGCUGAGCCGUCUCAAGAUGAACGUUGCCUCGCCGGGCACUGUCCACAAGCGUUACCACCGUCGGAAAAGCCAGGGCCGUGGCUCGAGCUGCAGCAGCUCCGAGACCAGUGAUGAUGACUCAGAGAGCCACCGCCGCCGACUGGAUAAGGAAACUGGCUUUGCCUAUUCCUGGAACCGGCGGGAUAGCAGUGAGGGCCCGCCUGGCAACCCAGGAGGGAAUGGAGGUGGUGGAGGAGGAAGUGGACAGAGCAAACCCCCUGGGGAGGGCAACCCAGGCCCAGAUAGGGGCAGCCCAACUGGAGGUGGAGGCAGCAAAGGUGGAGAGGGCAGCCCUUCUAGCAGUUCCAGCGGUGGCAGUACAAACAACACUUCGGGCUCCACCCGCAGCUGCUCGCAUUCCUCCCCUUCGCACAAGACCGCUGGUGAGCUGGUGGAAAGCCUGAAGCUCAUGAGUCUCUGUCUGAGCUCCCAGUUUCAUGUUGGUGGCAAUAGUGGUCUUGGGGCCAGCAAGUACAUCAUAGACCCUCAGAACAACCUGACCUUCCCCAGCGUCAAGGUGCAGGAGAAGUCCACCUGGAAGAUGUGCAUCGGCUCCAAUGGGAGCCUGAACAAGACUUUUUCUCCCACUACCACAGCCCUUUGUGUCGGCCUGGGUGGCCCUAAAUCUUAUCACGACCAAACGACUGCAACCCUCAAUGAGCUGGAACUGGCCAAGGAGAACAACAUGAACUUGAAGAACAACAUCCUGCAGCUACCUCUCUGUGAAAAGACCAUCUCUGUGAACAUUCAGCGGAACCCUAAGGAUGGGCUGCUUUGUACCUCAAGUCAAACCAGCUGCUGUCAAGUGAUAUGACAACCAUCUCUGUAGCAUUCUCUUACUUGACAGUACACUCUUUCAGUUCAGAACUAUGAAUAACCUCUCUUUAAACAUCCUUUUUUAUUUUUGUCAAGUUUUUACACAGGCUUCAAGAGUUAUUUAUUGUGUAUAUAAUUUGCUGAGUAGAUCGACAAUGCAUGAAGAGGUGCAUGCUGCUAGUGUUUUUUGUUUUCUCACCUCCAAGUAAGGACCCCCCCUAUUCCUCCCCUUUUUUAAGCUUUGUGUUUAGUUUGUAGGGUUCCCAACCAAAGGGGUGGAAUGAAACCUGGGCUCGAAAGUUUUGUAGUUGAAAUACGAAAUUAAAAAAUAAGUUGGCACUUGAUAGCUUUAUGAGCAAGCUUAGAAAAUGCUAAUUGGGAACUGAUCAGCCCAUGGUUUUGACACCCAUGCUUUGUGGAAUAUAUGUGGUAAGAGCUGUUAGGAUGGAGAACCAAAGCAAUAAAGCGAGACCUUGACAAGCCCUUGAGAGCGCUUCUGAUAUUCCAAGGCUUUCACAAGUUAAACAUGGAAGGAAAGUCAGUACAGUAAUCUUAAUAUUGAUUUGAACUCCACACUGAUGUCUUAAAUUGCCAUUUUGUGCAAUUGACCAAUCGAUUUAAAGAAAACAAAUGCCUCUGUGAUAAGAGCUGAAAUAUUACAUUUUACCAUGACAGACGCAACUAAUCGUGCUGUUACUUGAAAUUGCACACAGACAAUCUUUGUUUUAAACAUGAUCUAAAUUAAAGUUUGGUUUUUAGUUGCUGAUGAAAUAAGGAUAUACCAAUUUUAUUUCUCAUAGCAGUAAUACUUGGUCACUUCCCGAAAUCCCCUUUAACCUUACUCGCUCAUACUUCACAGAUUUCAGUAAGUGCAUUUUUUGUCAGUUAAAAAUGCCUUUUUUCAUCAGCAGUGGAUCUUUGCUAUAUAACUAGAACUGUGUGUGGUGAAACAAUAAUAUUAUAAAAACAUUUAAAGAAACUGGCUAUGUUUUGACCCGUAAUGUAAAUUAUUACACAAUAAGGUAUCCCAUACAAUGAACAGGUCUGUGCACCAAAAAACAAGAACUUAAAAAGCAUAGCUCAGUACUGUCAUUUUUUUUAAUGAUGCCAUAUUGUAAAAGCACUUCUACUAUGGUUGUGCAGAUGUGAUAAACAUCCCCUUAUAUAUUUAUGAUCAUACCUUUAUCUUUUUUCAAUUAUAUUCUAAUUUAAUUGUAAUUAUGUGGGGAAACCAGUUGCAGUAUUAGAUAAUUGUCUCAUGCACUGUUUUGAAUGAGAGGGCAGUAGCAGGAGUCAGAGUUACAGCUGUAAAGUGAAGGUGAGAAAUAUAGCAAUGGUCCAUUGCAUUUAAAAAUAUGUACUUGUGGCUAUUUAUUGUAUAUGUAUCCCCGUUCCUACUGUAUACAACACCACUGACCUUGGUGUCUGCUGGAAGAGAGCAGAGGUUACCAACAGCCACUGCCAAUCACUGACUUCUCCUGUUCAGAUAUCUAAAGUUUUAGUUUCGCUCCACAUCAACCCGAGCCACUGCUAUAAAAAUAUAUAGGCACCGUACAGUCUCACAGUCCUCUUUGACAAAGAAGUAUUGAGUUGAUAAGCUGCAAUGAACAGACUUGGUACAAAGACCACUGAUGGCAGAACCAUUCUUUCGAUAAAAUGUUUGCAUUUUAGUGCCUACAUCGGAACCUACAGUACAGGAAGGGUUGAUAAGCUAUGAAUAGGAGGGUGUUCCCACUUUUUUUGUUUUCCAUUUGCACACUCUCCAGCUGUGAGCCCCCCCUCCCCCCUCUUAAAAAAAAAUAAAAAUAAAAAUAAUAGUUUGUGUAGGAAAAAGAGUAAACUGUCUACCAGUGUAUACUGUGCCAGAAUGUUUCUUUGAAAGUGUGCCAAUGAACAUGGGUUCAGGGAGCCUUCAGCUAUUGUUGCCUGCUUGUCCCAGCUGGAGUUCCUCCACUGGUAAUCUGAGAAAUGGGAGUGAGACAGCAAACAUAUUUUUAAAUGAUAUUCUCAGAAUGAGACUCAAUAUAGUGAAUGAUGACUCAAGAUCCCUUUUAGCACUAAACACGCUGAAUUAAAACCAUUACUCGGAGUGUGUACUAUUUUUUUGAGGGUUUAAUUUUUUUAAAACUAAUUUUAGCCUUUUUCAAGAAGUUCUAAUAUAAUAAUAUCUAACGUACACUGCACCUCAGUUAUUUUUUUAACACAAUAUUUCUUAAAGACUAGUUUUAAAACAAGAGUGUUAAUAUGUAGAUUCUAGCCUUUUUUUAAGUACACAGUUCAUUAACUUGUCUCAGAGGUCAGCUGAAUAAUGGUUUUAGUGUGGGGUUUUGUUUUUUGUUAGUUUGUUUAAGAGCCAAAAAGUAGCAUGUUUCUCUAGGCAACAAUAUGGCUAUAGUGGUGCUAUCAUUUUUAUUUAAUUUCAGGUCUUAGUUCAGUGCACGAGUACAAGCUUAGAGUUAACUUGAGUAAUUUGGUGUGGAAGGGGCAGACCUUUCAGUGAGGGCAGAUGGCACCUGAUUGGCAGUGUUCAAUAGAGGUAUAAAAGAUAAUUAAAAUAAUGCCUUCAUUAAAUGGGCUGCUUGCAAUUCUUGUGAGCGUUACUUAAUUGAAAUGCUUAAAGAAUCAAAAUAGAGAAAUUGUUAUAUUAAAAGGGCAUUGGCAAUAAUCUAUAUGUUGCAGCUAUCUGUAAAUAUAUCUAUCUAUCUAU